AUGUUUUCCCACGCACUUUUGCGCCCACAAUUGGCCACAGUUGCCAUCGCCACCGGUGCAUUAGCCGGGACUGCAACAUCGGACGAAAUGCUACUGCUCGAUGAGGAUAUCCUCAUCACACAAGCGUACUACGGCAAUUCGCCGCUCUUUGCCUUUGAUUCAUCAUCGCUGGUGGAUUUUCAACAGCUACUGCAGAGUGACGCAUUCAAGCAGAAUAUGUCACUGACACUUAAUAUCUCAACGGAAAAUCUGACAGAUCUGUUGAAUACGGCGCAACUGAAUCAAACUUUAGAGCUACCACAGCAACAGCUUUCCAUGUCCGUAUUAAUAACGCUCACCAUUUUCUAUGCAAUCAUUUUUGUGGCGGGCGUGCUGGGCAACCUUAUCACAUGCAUCGUUAUAUCGCGAAAUAAGUUUAUGCAUACAGCGACAAAUUUCUAUUUAUUCAACUUGGCUGUUUCCGAUUUGAUGUUGCUGCUGUCAGGCGCACCGCAAGACGUUUACAGUUAUUGGUAUCCGAAUGCCUUUCCAUUUGGGGAUGUGAUAUGUAUAUUGGGAAGCGUUUUAGCGGAAACCGCCACAAAUGCAACGGUAUUGACAAUCACAGCAUUUACCGUUGAACGAUACAUAGCGAUAUGUCAUCCAUUUCGACAGCACACCAUGUCCAAGCUAUCGCGCGCCAUCAAGUUCAUCUUCGCCAUUUGGGUGACGGCGUUGCUGCUUGCCCUGCCGCAGGCAAUGCAAUUCUCGGUUGUGUCAGAGCAGGGCGGCACCUCGUGCACAAUUGGCAAUCAUUUUGUCGAGCAUGUUUUCGCCGUUUCGGGCUUUAUCUUCUUUGUCGGUCCCAUGACGGCAAUUUGUGUACUCUAUGUACUAAUUGGUAUAAAGUUGAAGCGUAGCCGAUUGCUGCAGGCGGUGCCACGGCGUAGUUUCGAUGUGCAUCGCGGGAUCAGCGCACAAAGUCGUGUGAUCAGAAUGCUGAUUGCCGUUGCUGUGGCGUUCUUUCUGUGCUGGGCACCCUUUCAUGCACAACGCUUGAUGGCUGUAUACGGCAGCAGUGCCAACAUUGAAUCGCAACUCUUUAAAGAUGUCUUCGAAGCUGUCGACCUUAUAUCCGGUGUGCUGUAUUACCUAUCGACGUGUAUUAAUCCGCUGCUAUACAACAUCAUGAGUCACAAAUUUCGUGAUGCUUUUAAGGUAACUCUGGCACGUCAAUUUGGAUUCCCCGGUCACUAUCAGAGUCAAAGCCACAACUAUAGCGCCCUCCUGCGACAGAAUGGUUCCAUGCGCCUCCACACAACGGUGAAUAACAAUGCUCUCGAUCACUACCACUCUUACCGAGUUAUGCAAUUGCAUUGUCGUGACCAAAGCCAUCAUCUUUCUCUGCAGGAUAGCAUCAGAACAACAACAACAACGACAACAAUUAACAGCAGCGGCGGCGGAGGCAGCGCUAUGGGUAGCAUUAUUUUGAGCGGAGUAGGCGGCAACAGCGCCAGUCGUCAAUCAUCGCAUCGCUCGCGUUACACCUCCGUUGGUUCACAAUCCCCACUCACAGCGACGCUGACGAGGCAUAACGAAAUCGCAACGAAUAAAGUGAACGGUUCGACAGCAGUAUCCACACCCAGGCAACAACACCAUCACAAGCUGCAAUCCCAACUAUCGCAGCGGUCCAACGGCGCCGACAGCAACUUACUGCUCGACAUGGAGUUGGGUGCGGGACAUGCCUAUUGUCACGGCCAUCCGCAGCCGGUGGCGAUUAAUUUCAGUAGAAAUAAUAACUUGCGCCGUUCCGUCAUUAGCAAUAAUGUGAUGCAAGCCGUGCGUAAUGCGCGACCUUUGUGUGAUGAUCGCGCAUCGAUUAACUCGCAAGAGUGGGAUAGCAGCGCCAGUCAAUAUGAACUUUGCGACAUAGUACAUUGCCUUGGCGAGCCCGAAUCCGAAUUGCCAAAGCCAAUAUCGCCAGCUAGUCUGACGAUGAGCCGCCUGCCAGCCACGCAGCCUAUGCAACCGGUACAGCCGGUAAAUUCCAUAGCGGAAUUAGACGUGCAUGCGCCGGCACGCGCGCGUCUCAAACUUUCACGAAUUAUCAGCCGACGUGACCAGGACACUUUGUUGGCCAAGUCCAUUCCGCGCGCUGAACUAAUGCGCAGCGCUGUUAAUGUGCCUAAUGUGCCUGGUUCACCGUUUACGACAUACGAAAGUGACAAGACGAAGCAUGCGAGACCCGCAAAUAACGGACGUACGCACAAAACAUUCGACACACUCACCGGCAUGUUCCACUGGCGAGCACGUAAAAAAGAGUUAAAUGGCCGACGUGUUGGUCGGGGUGGUGACGAUCUUGGUGGCGCUAUCAGUGGCGGUGGCAAGAAGCGCACGCGACGAGAUAGCACUUCUACGACACACGCCCACAGGAGUACACAUGGUACGCCCACAACUCGGGUAGCGCUUAUGCGUAGCAUAUCGGCCACAGCACCAGGCAUGCUCGAGUCUACACUCAACGCCGAUAUAUCGGGACAAAAGCUGUAAAAGGGACACGCACGCUGUGCAAUGCGUAGCAUCUUUUGCAACUUAACAAAGUACAUACAAAGUGAACUAAUAUUUCGUGUAUGACUUUUGUCAGGUCACACAGACCAGAUGACGCCAAAUUCAGGCCUUGCGUACUUACUCAUACAUACAUAUGAAGAAAUAUAUGUGCGCGUGUGCAAA